CGUGCCACUAACCGCUUGCCACUGAGGCGAUUUUUUCGCAUGACUGUCAUCAAAACUUUUCAGCUGAGCGGAUUUUACCUGUUCAACCCUUUCAAACGAAUUGCGCGAGCCGUUUUUGCAAGCGGGAUUGUAAAGCCAUACGGUUUAGCUAGCACAUCCGUUUAGCCAUAAGCAACCCACCCCCCUCACAGUAAAUAGCAAAGUGCGUACACAGUAACAGGCGCUUAUAUAGUUGUGCAUUCCUCUCGCAUACACGUGAACACACAAAAGAUAGCCAAUUCCAGUGACGACGGUAUUCACCCUGAAGAAAAUCCACAACUCAUCUGCUUCCCUUCUGGAGAAAAAAGCAAAAUGGCCAUCAACGUGUCAUUCAAAGUUACGGGGGGGAAAGAAUUCACCAUUUCGGUGGAACCAGAAAUAACCGUUUUGGAGUUAAAGCAAAAAUGUGCUGAACAUGUGGAUAUCCCUGUUGAGUGUCAGAGGAUUAUUUUUAAAGGAAAAAUAUUGAAGGACAAAGAACCCCUGACAACGUAUGGCGUAAGCGACGGGAUCACCAUGCACUUGGUUCGCAGCGCGGCCCCGGUGAAGGAGCCUGAAGCUGAGAAGGAGACGAACAAGAACGAAGGAGCGGGAAGCAACGCCAGCGCGAGCGCGACCCCCAACGUUGGCGCAAAUCCAGGCGAGCACAUGAACGACUUUAGCGACAAUCCACUUGUUCAGAUGUUUCUGCAGAGUGGAGCGGGAGGCGACAUGAACCUGAACGCGGGACUCGGCGCGGGAGACAACUUCAACCUGGGCGCGUUCGCCAACUUUUUAAACCCCGGAGGGAAUGGAGAAAUCAAUCGAGACAGCAUCAGCUCCCUCUUAAACAACCCACUCGCGAGAUCCCUAAUGAACGAAAUUAGCAACAAUCCGGAGAUGCUGGCCAACAUAGUGUCCAACAACCCACUGCUCAGGAACACCUUUUCGCAGAGCCCCAUUAUGCAGCCAGUAUUGGAAAAUCCAAACCUGUUAAGAGAAUUAAUGAGGCCGGAAUUUUUGCAGGCAGGAUUGCAGUUCGAAAAUGCCCUAAACAUGAGCAGUGGGGGGAACAACAACGGUGCUAAUAAUGCGGGGAAUAAUCAACGAAGCCUAAGAAUGGAAGAUCUGUUGAGCAACUUAAAUAACUUCGCAAGUGCAAGUGCCAAUGCAGGUGCGGGGGCAGGAAACCCAGGUGACAACAGUAACAGCAAUAACAAUUUGAACAACAUGAGUUCUCUUUUUCAAUCCCCGGAAUUGCUGCAAACGUUCCAACAGGUUAUGAGGGCCAAUCGUAACUUGGGCGGUUUUAAUUUCCCAGGCGCGGGUCAAAAUAUGGACUUUAACACCCCCAAUGUUGCAGAUAACAGGCCACCCGAGGAGCGAUACGCCUCCCAGUUGUUGAGUCUCCAGGAGAUGGGCUUCAUCGAUAAUGAUGCGAAUAUUCAGGCUUUGCAGGAAACCGGGGGGGACGUGAAUUCCGCCGUCACUCGUUUGCUGGAGAAGGGCUUCAAUUAG